AGCCCGGCCACCAGGCGCUAGCCAGUGAGCCCCGCCUCCGGGCCUGGUUCCAAAGAGGGGCCCUGGUGACCUGCAUCUGGGCAAGGGAAAACGUGUUCCAAAUUUCUCAAUCAUCAUUAGGGGUCUCUAAGCCGUGCUUUGGUCCCUCACUUAGGACCUGUUUGGCAUUGGUGCCCCUGCCAGGAUGCCUAAAGGCCCAGACAAUUUAGCUCCUAGAAUCAUUGGGACACGCAAACCCCUCCACCACGGACAAACCCUAUCUGCAUCUGGAUACCAUCUGUGUAUUUACAACGAGACCCGCAUUGUGAGUUCCCUGGUGUUACGAAGGCUUCCGUAUACUGUGACCAAGAGUUGUGGUGGCUGGCUCUUUUGGACGGCAUGUCCAGUGACACUUUUCAGAAUAGUUCAUCAGAAUGAGUACAGGAUGCUGACGGAGCAGGUGACCAGAUGUUGCCAUGGUUAUAUACAAGUGGGAAGCUACUGUGCCCUGUCUUUAAACCGGAGUGAGGAAUUUAUGACCAAACCUGGAUCGUGCACAACAACGGACAGAUCUAAUUCCAGUGUUAAUGACUGCGACUGGGACAUAGAUUGUCCAAACUGGCAAAAGUGCUGUGAGAGAUCAGAUCAUUUUCUCUGCAGUAACAUUACAAGAUCAGCUAAUUAUACUGAGUAUGGGGGCUACCAUUUCAAUGUGACAGUGACGGUGAAGACAGAUUACCAACAAUUGAUGAACAACGGAGCUCUUCUCAACCAUACAAGAUUACUUCAAGCAAUGGUAACCGGAGCGCUGGCGUCUGUUAAUUUUUCACUCUAUUACCUCGCCUCAAGGCCUGUGCAUCCGUACAGAACUGGCACGUCGCUGCUGCUCGAAUGCAGCUUUGUUCUUUCACUGCACGACAUCAAAUCAAAGCUGCAUUUCCUUCUCAAACACGUACAGGAGGUAUCAGACGUGACAGUGGAAGAUGUAAAUGAGUGUGCACAUCCUGCUCUCCAUCAGUGCUCUCCACUGGCACAAUGUAACAACACGGUGGGCUCCUACCAGUGCGUCUGCCAUGCAGGAUAUAUUGAUGUUGACCCCAGCAAUCCCGGAACUCAUUGUGCAGUGCCAAAUGCCAUCCCCAUGCCUGCCACUACAGAGGCCCCACAAUGUUGCCCUUUCCCAAUCAAUAUAACCUCACCUCAGACUGAACGCAACAGCACCGUGGUUAGCUUCAACGAAUUAGCUGAAAACAUGACUAUGUCUCCUUUGAACGCAAGCAUCGUCUUUCAAAGUACAACGUACGGACCUACUUUCUCAACCGAUGGGCUGCCUCUGACUCUGACAACAACUUCGAUGUCUUCCCCCAGCAUCAGCAGAUUACAGGCUGCCAACAUCACUGGCACUUCUUUUUGUGUGUACUGGUCCAGCUUAAUCUCAGCCAACCAGAGUUACUUGGUGGUUCUUAGUGAGGGCUCAGAGGUUAUUAGUAUGUGGACAACUGAACAGACCACGACGGAACUGAGGGAACUGCAGCCGGGGGUGCUCUACAAUGUCACUGUUAAACUCCACACAAAUGAAAGCCAUGGAGAUAUUCUUUAUAUUGCAGUCAAAACUGGUGAGGACCGUUCAUACAAACCUGAAUUUAAUUUUUCACUCUAUUACCUCGCCUCAAGGCCUGUGCAUCCGUACAGAACUGGCACGUCGCUGCUGCUCGAAUGCAGCUUUGUUCUUUCACUGCACGACAUCAAAUCAAAGCUGCAUUUCCUUCUCAAACACGUACAGGAGGUAUCAGACGUGACAGUGGAAGAUGUAAAUGAGUGUGCACAUCCUGCUCUCCAUCAGUGCUCUCCACUGGCACAAUGUAACAACACGGUGGGCUCCUACCAGUGCGUCUGCCAUGCAGGAUAUAUUGAUGUUGACCCCAGCAAUCCCGGAACUCAUUGUGCAGUGCCAAAUGCCAUCCCCAUGCCUGCCACUACAGAGGCCCCACAAUGUUGCCCUUUCCCAAUCAAUAUAACCUCACCUCAGACUGAACGCAACAGCACCGUGGUUAGCUUCAACGAAUUAGCUGAAAACAUGACUAUGUCUCCUUUGAACGCAAGCAUCGUCUUUCAAAGUACAACGUACGGACCUACUUUCUCAACCGAUGGGCUGCCUCUGACUCUGACAACAACUUCGAUGUCUUCCCCCAGCAUCAGCAGAUUACAGGCUGCCAACAUCACUGGCACUUCUUUUUGUGUGUACUGGUCCAGCUUAAUCUCAGCCAACCAGAGUUACUUGGUGGUUCUUAGUGAGGGCUCAGAGGUUAUUAGUAUGUGGACAACUGAACAGACCACGACGGAACUGAGGGAACUGCAGCCGGGGGUGCUCUACAAUGUCACUGUUAAACUCCACACAAAUGAAAGCCAUGGAGAUAUUCUUUAUAUUGCAGUCAAAACUGAUGCUCAAACUCUCGAUGCCAGCACUCGACUAACCAACAUCCCGUUCACCAAUGACUUGCACAACACUAGCAGCCAGGCCUACAAAAAUCUCACUGCGGGCAUUUUGGACGAGAUCUACCGAUCUCUAGAUCAAGAUUUAAAGAUGAUGGUUAAUUCAGGUCAGGUAAGAAUUGAGAUCCGAAACCUUUCCCCGGGUAGUGUGGUGGUCGACUUCACCGUGAUCUUCAGCCCCGGUCAAGAACAGGACAUCAGAAACACCUCCACAGCACUACUCGAUUCACUGAGGAACAGCUCCAUAUACACAAUGGAUGAAAACAACACAAGCAUCACUGAUUUUGAUGAAUGUGUCCCCGGGGAAAAUGAUUGUUCCCAGUGGGCGAUGUGUACAAACACUUGGGGCUCCUACACAUGUUCCUGUCUAGAUGGAUUUAUGGACACAGAACCACAAAGGCCUGGGAGAACCUGUCAAGCUACAAUGGAAACCACAACAUUGCAAUCAACACCUAUCACAUUAUCUUCAGUCAGCACUUCUCUUUUACCUCAAAAAAUAACAUCAACGUAUCCAGCUCUGUAUAUUAUUGGGACCACCGUCGAGACAAUCACCUCUACUGAAAUAGCUACCACGAGCCCAUCAACAUCCCUCUCUAUCCCAGCAAAAACUGCCACCAUGGUACAAACAACCACCUUGGUAGCACCAACUACAACCACUCCACCUACAACCACCACAAGCUUACCAACAACCACCGCUAUGAUACCAACAACUGCCACCGUGGUACCAAUAACCACUUCCAAUAUAUCAACGACCACAAUUACAUCCAAAUUCAUUGCACCGACUACAUCCACUUCUGCUGAAGUAAUAACUCCCACGAAUGUGGCAACAAUCUCCACCAGAAUGCCAACAAGCACUUUGCAACCAACAACCAGCACCAUUGCAACAACCCCUCAUGCAUCAGAAACUACAACACCACCCACAACUUCCAGGAUUCAACACACUGCCCCUAUAAUGGUACCAACAACUGCCACUGAGGUACCAAUAACCACUUCCAAUAUAUCAACAACAGCAAUUACAUCCAAAUUCAUUGCACCGACUACAUCCACUUCUGCUGAAGUAAUAACUCCCACGAAUGUGGCAACAAUCUCCACCAGAAUGCCAACGAGCACUUUGCAACCAAUAACCAGCACCAUUGAAACAGCCCCUCAUGCAUCAGAAACUACAACACCACCCAAAACUUACAGGACUCAACACACUGUCCCUAAUUUAGACCUGACGUCCAAUGAUACGUCCCAUAGGAUGUCUCCAAUUCUUGGUGAUAUUUCAGUGGAUUGCAAAGUUACAGGCAUCACAGUGACAAUAGCGAGAGAGUUUCUUGUUAAGAACAACAUCAGGGAGGACACUCUGCACCUCGGCCAUCAGGAGUGCGGGGUCAGCGGGUUCAAUGCUAGCCAUGCUCAGCUGAUCGUGGAGUGGAACGAGUGUGUCACGAUUUUUACUCAAAAUGAGUCCUACUACAUGGCCUCUGCAAUGUUGUUCAACACCAUGGACACAUACACGUCAUCCAACGGAACACUGGAGGCACCCAAAUUGCGCCUGGAAGUUCCUGUAAUAUGUACCUACACGCGGAGUAUGCUCAUGUCUGCUAAUUUUGGCUCCAUGGGAUAUGAAUUGAUCCAAGAUGUGAUCACAAGUGCGGGGAUGUUCCAGGUGACAGUACAACUGCUGAACGGUACCUUUCCUCUACCUUAUAACUAUAGCUUAUCCCCUGAGGAGGCUGUAGUAGUAGAAGUGAGCAUGAAUACCUCAGCAGAAGAGAUCAAAGUCGUGAUCUACUCGUGCUGGGCUACCCCCACCCAAAAUCCGCUGGACAACAAACGUUUUGUCUUCCUGGACAACAGAUGUGCCCUCAACAUGUACACUGAUGUGUUGAUGAAUGGAAAUUCCAGCACAUCUCGUGUGUCUGUGCAGAUAUUCUCCUUUGUCGACGUCAAUUUGAUCUAUCUGCACUGCCACGUGCAGAUCUGUUUGCAGAUCGGAUCUGAUAUCUGCGUGCCCGACUGUGUGCGAAGAACAGCUUGGUCUUCCAACACCAUUGGAAGAGCAUUCGGUUCGACUGGGCCUCUGCUUAAAUCGGAAGAAGUGCCCCCGGAGAGUGAAAAUGACAGACUCCAACUGAUCGGACUGUCCUUCCUUGGAGUUGCUGUGGUGCUCUUCUUCGUCAUUGGCUCUGCUUGUCUCUUCUACUAUCAAAGGAAUCGCAUUGGACAUUAUAACUUCAAUCCCAAAUCCAAGCCACUGAACAUCACCGAUAUUGAGUUCAACGCUUAAGUCUCCGCGUUACAAGAUUUGCACAUUAGUAGUUUGUUUCCCUGAUAACUUCUGUUCUUGAUUGAAUUUGCAAAGCCUUUGCACUAUGUCAUAUUUCCUAAUUAGACUUUUAGAGUUGGAAACAUGCCAACAUACAUUUGUUGAACCGUCGUCAUGUUACAAUUUGAUAAAUAUAAUCGUUUUCUAAAGUAGUGGUCAGUCUAUACAUGUCUAUACAGACUUUUGGGGGUCUCAAGGAUCAAGGAUUCCACCUGCGUUAUGAAACACUGACGGUAGACUACUUCAAUUAAGAGUGGUCAAAAAUGGAGAAAUAAAUACGGAUUUAAUUCAUAUUUCAUUUAAAAGCAAAAACAACUAUGUAGUACCCUUCCACAAAGAUAUAAGUAAUAAACUGCUCCCCCCCACCCCCCACCAAAUAAAUGGGAACACUUGGGAAUUACAUAGUGCUGUUUGAGUGUUCCCUUUAUUUUUUGGAGCAGUAUAUUUUUACAGUCAUUGGUUCACAUUUUUUGACAUCCAUCCAGGCAGUGUGGCUUCAGUUUGCACUAUGACUGUGAAUGUGAUGAGUCAUUUUUCUCAACCAGUUCAAGUGGCUGGAGUCAGCUGAAAUAAGCUCCAGCUUCCCACGCUCCUAAACAAAUGGAUGCAUAUGAUUUUUAAGAAUCAAAGUCCUGAUUCUUAUUAUACACAUAAAUUCAUUCUUAUACACAGUUUUUAUAACAGAUGAAACAUUUUACAUCUGUCAUAGCAGAGAUUUUGUAUGCAUAGUGCUGUAAAUGUUUUCAUGUUUACCUAUUAUAGCUUAAAAUAAAAACAGUCAGUUUCCAAUUUCAUGACAGUUAUUGUUUCUCUGUUCACAAUGUUGAUCGAUUUAUUUUUAGACUGCUUGGAUUU